AAGUGAGAAUCGCAGCUGUGGUGGACGUGUUUUUCCGCAGUUCAGCCAAUUUGUAUUUGCCAGAGUGCCUCAUUUUGGUGGAAAGAAGCGCCCCAGUUCGCCAAUUGCGGUGACAUAGCAGCGAAAAGUGUUGUGUGACCCCCUUUGUGACGCCCAAAACCCGAGUACCGCGCCGAAAUGUCGGAAGAGAAGCAGGAGAAUGGCAGUGCGAGCAAUGGAGAUGUCCCGGAGAUUGAGCUUAUAAUAAAGGCAUCCACCAUUGAUGGACGAAGAAAGGGAGCUUGUCUGUUUUGUCAGGAGUACUUUAUGGACUUGUAUCUUCUGGCCGAAUUGAAAACAAUCAGUCUAAAGGUCACAACAGUGGAUAUGCAGAAACCACCUCCAGAUUUCCGCACCAACUUCGAGGCAACACAUCCACCAAUUCUCAUUGAUAAUGGUCUCGCCAUACUGGAGAAUGACAAAAUUGAGCGGCACAUCAUGAAAAAUAUCCCAGGCGGAUACAAUUUGUUCGUGCAGGACAAAGAAGUGGCGACACUCAUUGAGAAUUUGUAUUCCAAAUUAAAACUAAUGCUAGUGAAAAAGGACGAGACAAAGAAUAAUUCACUGCUGGCGCAUCUGAAGAAGAUCAACGAUCACUUGGCGAGUCGCGACACGCGAUUCCUCACCGGUGACACAAUGUGCUGUUUCGAUUGUGAACUGAUGCCCCGCUUGCAGCACAUCCGAGUGGCUGGAAAGUACUUUGUGGACUUUGAAAUACCCACACACCUGACAUCUCUUUGGCGCUACAUGUAUCACAUGUACCAAUUGGACGCGUUCACGCAAUCGUGCCCCGCUGACCAGGACAUUAUUAAUCACUACAAAUUGCAACAGGCUAAAGGUGAUCCAAAGAUGCUUAAAAUGAAAAAGCACGAAGAAUUGGAGACACCAACGUUCACGACAUCAAUUCCAAUUGAUAUUUCUGAGUGAAAAUUGAGCAGACAGGCGGGAGAAGAGAGUGAAGGGAGAGCAGAGGAAAGUUUUGGCGCUGCAGCGGAAAAUCGCCCCCACAGAGAGUAUUCCGAGAACAUGAGAGGCAAUGAGAGAUCACAAGAACCAUGAGAGAAGCUUCCGACGAUUUCAGCAGAUACAUUUUCAAACGAGCAUGUGUUUUUUUUUUAAGUGAAUACACAACCAGUUUCCUUAAUUAUCGACAGAAAUAGAAUAUAUGCAGAAAAGAGCUAUAAAUAUUAAUAUAUUAAAUGUAAUAUGUACAUGAAGAAAGCUAUUUGAUAGGGAAUAAAUUAUUAACAAUAGAGAGAGAGUGAGAGAGGAAAAAAAACGAAAAUAGAGCAUGCAAAAAAUUUUGUACCAACAGAGAAAAAACAUUUUCCGAAACUUUUUUACCAGAUAGAAAGAGCAAAAGAUAAAAUAUAUAUGAUAAAAGUGAGAAAAAAGUGGAAAAUUCUUUUGUACUGUAGAAUGGAUAGUGAAGCAGAGAAAAUACAAUGAACUGAGAAAAGUAUAAAACAAUCAAAAAUGAUUUGUAGAAUUAAUAAUAAUGAGAUGUACAUAAAGUUUAUUUUUUUAAAUUUUAAGAAUGAAAAAUGUAAUAUUUGAAGUUAUUUCUCUUUCAAUCUAUACAAUAUUUAAAGGAGAGAAAGAAGGAUAUCUGUUCCACUGUUUAGUCUAUUAAUGCCAACAAAAAAAAUACUUUUUUUUUCUUAAUGUCUUUUUCCCUUCGCAAAGAAGACGAAAGUUUGUAUGAAAUAAUAGCUCUUGAAGAGAUAUUUGUCCGUUUUCUUUCUCCUUUUUUAAUUGAUACAAAAAUAUUAUUCAAAUAAAAUGGAAUUUGCCAUAA